AUGACCGCCCCACUUCGCGUUUUGGUCACCGGAGCCGCCGGACAGAUCGGAUACUCGAUCGUGAUCCGCAUCGCCGACGGAACCGUCUUCGGAAAGGACCAGCCGGUGCAGCUCGUGCUUCUCGACAUCCCGCAAUGCUCGAACAUUCUCGAGGGAGUCGUCUUCGAGCUCCAGGACUGCGCUCUCCCGACCCUUCACGGAGUGGAGGCUGUCACCGACGAGAAGUCCGCUUUCACCGGAAUCGACUACGCCUUCUUGGUCGGAGCUAUGCCAAGACGCGAAGGAAUGGAGCGCAAGGAUCUUCUCGCCGCCAACGUCAAAAUCUUCAAGUCGCAAGGAAAGGCCCUGGCCGAGUACGCCAAACCAACCACCAAGGUAACAAUCAUAGUUUGAACUGUGAUCUCUUUAGAUGUCUAUCAAGGCGGUCGGAUUAGAUUGACCGUUGAACACUUUCAGGUCAUUGUCGUCGGAAACCCAGCCAACACCAACGCCUUCAUCGCUGCCAAGUAUGCCGCCGGAAAGAUCCCGGCCAAGAACUUUUCCGCCAUGACCCGCUUGGACCAUAACCGCGCUCUCGCUCAGCUUGCUCUCAAGACCGGAACCACUAUCGGAGACGUCAAGAACGUGAUUAUCUGGGGAAACCACUCGGGCACCCAAUUCCCGGAUGUGACUCACGCCACCGUCACGAAGAGUAAGUAUAUGGACACGUAGAUGGAGGGGUCAAUGUCCUGUUUUCAGACGGAGCCGAAUCCGCUGCUUACGCUGCUGUCGCUGACGACGCCUUCCUCCAAGGCCCGUUUAUCUCGAUCGUGCAGAAGCGCGGAGGAGUCAUCAUCGAGAAGAGAAAGCUCUCUUCGGCCAUGUCUGCUGCCAAGGCCGCCUGUGAUCACAUCCAUGACUGGCACUUUGGAACCAAGGCUGUAAGCUAUAGAAAGUUUGUUCUUAGAGUCUAUUUCUUCUUUGCAGGGACAAUUUGUCUCCAUGGCCGUCCCAUCUGACGGAUCUUACGGAAUCCCACAAGGACUCAUCUUCUCGUUCCCAGUCACCAUUGACGCCGCCACCCGCGAGUGGAAGAUCGUGCAGGGACUCAACUUUGACGAUUUCGCCAAGGGAAAGAUCGCCGCCACCACAAAGGAACUCGAGGAGGAGAGAGACGAUGCCCUCAAGGCUUGCGACGACGCCAACAUCUAA